AUGGGGCAGCUGUUCAAUCGGCAUUUGGUUUUCCUGGUACGGAGCCAGCAGAGAAGUUAUGCUGAAAGAACUCUGGACUCAGCGUCAUACAGUGUCAGGGGCACUGCCCCUUCCAACGGAACCAUCCGGGGCCACAUCAAUUGGAAGUUCCUCUCUGCAGUUUCUAGAACUACUACGUCCUCCUUAAACAACUGCGCUUGGCGAGGUGCGCGCGCCAAGCCCCACGGGCGAGCCUUCCCUCCGGUUGCGCGCGCCCAGGGGGAUGCGAGGGCGGGGAACAGCAGGAGGGAUUGGCGCGCGCGCUGCGGACUGCGCCGCUCCCCCACCUGCGUGACCUCCUGGGCAGGAACCACGCAGGACCCCGCGCAGGCGGACUUAGCUCUCCGCUCCCAGGGGUGGCAGAGGCGCGAGCCGGAACCCGCGUCCCACCCAAAACGUAGCAGGAACAGCUGGCAAGUCCGCCCGCCGCCGCAGCAGCGAGUGGCUGAACCUGGGCCAGGUCACGAGCAAGGUCGGAGAGCUCAGGAGUGCUCUCCUGGGGGGCACCAGAUUCUUCAGAGCCCUUACCGAAGUGUGCAUUUUGACUCGUUGCAACUCCAGCAUUCUCCCUUUCAAAACCUGGUGUGUGACCGUUCCCUGUCUCCCGGAUGGUAUCGGUUUCUCAUCUUUGACAGACCUGCUGAGAUGCCAACCAAAUGUGUUGAGAUGAAUCACUGUGGAACACAGGCACCCAUCUGGCUAUCUCUGAGAGAUUCAGAGACACUGCCUUCACCUGGAGAGAUCAAGCAACUGACAGCUUGUGCCACAUGGCAUUUUUUGUUUAACACUACAAAAGACUGCUGUCUUUUUCAAAUCCCAGUGUCUGUAAGAAACUGUGGAAAAUUUUUUGUGUACUUACUACAGCCCACUCAAGGAUGUAUGGGAUAUUGUGCAGAAGCUAUUUCUGAUGCAAAAUUACACCCAUGUGACCCUGAUGAAAUUGAAAUUAGUGGUGACUGUGUUCGUCAGCAGUUUGUCUCAGUGCCACCACCGCCCCCAGGAAGGCCAGAAGUUGUGGUGGAGCUGAUUGAAUCCAGGCUUUUCUGUAGGUGUGCUUUUGAUGUUUCCCCUACAAGCACUUCGGUGGGAUUUCUCAUAACUUGGUCUAGGCUUUCUUCUCAAGAAAUCAAAGAGGAGCUGAAGCAAGAGACCACAGUUCAGGCAUUCUCUCUUUUAGAGCUGGAUGGAAUAAAUCUCAGACUCGGAGAUAGGAUAUUCUGUAGUGCUUCCAUCUUUUUGUUGGAGAAUCCACAUGUACAAAGCUUAGCCAUCGAAAGCCAAGAAUUUUUUGCAGGCAUUAAGUUACACCCUGAAUUAAGCACUAUAUCAGAAGAUGGGAAAGAAUAUCGCCUGAAGAUAGAGAGCACAGUACCUGUCAUUUGUUCUGAAUUCAGUGAGCUUGACCAGGAAUGCAAAAUCUCAUUAAAACUGAAAACUGUUGAUCAAGGUACAGAACAGCUAGGCUUAAACUUGGCACUGUCUUCCUGUCACGUGGACCUUCACCAGACAUCAUCCUGUGCUAAUGGAUCCUGUAACCAUGCUUUUGUGUCCUACACUGCUGUAACAGAUUUUUCUCGAGACGGAGAUAGAAUCACAAACAUUGUAGUGGAACCUAUAGUUAAUGAGGAUUUCCUGUGGAACAGCUACAUUCCAGACAGCAUCCAGAUCAAAGUAAAGGAUGUCCCAACUGCUUACUGCUAUUCAUUUACUGACCCACAUAUAAUUACAUUUGAUGGCAGGGUAUAUGAUAAUUUCAAGACUGGAACAUUUGUGCUUUAUAAGAGUAUGUCACGUGAUUUUGAAGUCCAUGUACGCCAGUGGGACUGUGGAAGCCUUCACUAUCCUGUGUCCUGUAACUGCGGGUUUGUUGCCAAAGAAGAAGGUGAUAUAGUUACUUUUGAUAUGUGCAGUGGCCAGCUACAUGAAUCACAGCCAUAUUUAUCUGUAAAGAGCCAAGAUGCAACCAGCAAUAUCAAGAUAAGUGAAUCUUACUUAGGAAGAAAAGUCACAAUCUGGUUUUCUUCUGGAGCAUUUAUCCGUGCUGAUCUUAGUGAGUGGGGCAUGAGUUUAACAAUCCGAGCCCCUAGCUUAGACUAUAGAAACACUUUGGGACUUUGUGGCACCUUUGAUGAAAACCCAGAAAAUGAUUUCCAUAAUAAAAAUGGAACCAAAAUUAGUUCAACUUUUAAUGAUUGUGUUGCUUUUAUUAAUGAAUGGAGGAUUUUGCCAGGGAAAAGCAUGUUUGACACAAUGCCAAUUUCUCCGCCAUCACCUGGAAAACAAUCCUAUUGUAGCUGCUCACUGACUAAUUCAUUAUAUCCUUCUGAUCACCUGGACAGUGUUUCUCAACCAGAGAUUGUUUCAGGUUGCAGAGAUCUCAAACAUGUCAAAUUCUCUUUCCUGAUACCAGAACUAGAUGUCACCUCUGAAUAUAUUAAUUCAGAAGCUCUUACCAGAGGGAUAAAUGAGUAUGCAUUUGAAGAAAGUAAUUUGAAUUUCUUUCCUCAAGAAAAAAAGCACGUGAACCUAACCAAACUGGACUUAGAUUUACAAACACAUCCUGGAAAUGAAAAACAAGAGACACCAAACACUUCGGACAAUGGGAAACAGACCCAGGACCAGGGUAGCCGCAGCCAAGAGAUGAGGUGGGAUCCACAAAACAGAUGGAAACGGCAAAACAUAAAUUAUGAGUUUCUUCCUAUGUUUGCUUUACGAAGUCUCAGCCAAAGUGACCUAGAAGAAUUCACUUAUUUCUUCCCUGAGGACCAUUCUGAGGAUGUCCACCAAGAGUUUGUCCCUACGUGGCCCACACCCUCUGGACUCACUGAAUACAGCACCUUGGCACUGUGCCAGCAGACUCUUGGUAACUCCAGCAUAGGAAGACACUGUCUUGCCUUUCUGGGCAAGAGCCUAGACAGUGCUAUAGAUAUGUGCAUUAAGGAUGUUCUCCUAAAAGAUGAUCUUAGCUGGACAGAAGCAGCUGUGGCUCUUUUAGAAAAUGAAUGUGAAAGGAGAAUUUUGGAAGAGGGGAAAUACAACACAGAAGAAUAUGGCAAGUCAAUUGAAGACGUUCUCUCAGUGCUAAAAUGCCCCAAUUUAUGCAGUGGCAAUGGGCAGUGUGUGGAAUGGGGAUGUGUAUGUUCCCCAGGCUUUAGUUCCUAUGAUUGCAGUGAUUCCCAUGACAAGGCUCCUGAAAUUAUAGGACUUGGGAAUGCUGGAUUCUGUAAUAUUCGAAAAUAUAAUUGUAUGACAGUGAGAGUGUUUGGUCAAGGCUUCAAAGAAUUACCUUCAGCUAAAUGUGAAGUUACUAAACUGCAGUAUAAUAGCAGUAAAUGGGUCCUUGGAAAAGCUGUCUACACGCAUAUUGUUUUUCAAAAUAGCAGAACUAUUGAUUGUCAGCUGCCCCCUGAUGUUCAGCAGUCUGAUACCUUAGAUCUGAUGGGUGAGAAGCCAAUUGCGAAGUGGCAGUUAAAGGUAUCUAAUGAUGGUUACAGGUUCAGUAAUCCCAAAAUAAUGAUCAUCUAUGAUGGGGCUUGUCAACUUUGCGGCCUCUAUGGAAAAGACUCAUGUACUAUAAAGGAAAAUGUUUGCAUUAUCGAUGGGCUCUGCUACAUUGAAGGAGAUAAAAAUCCUACCAGCCCUUGUUUGAUUUGUAGACCAAAAAUUUCAAAAUUUACUUGGUCAUUUUUAGAAAACAACCAACCCCCACUGAUUCAAAUGCCACAAGACAAAUUAGAGACAUUUUUCGGGGAGAACUUUGUGUUCCAGUUCACAGCUGUCGAUCCUGAAGGCUCUGACAUCCAUUUUGCCCUGGAUUCGGGUCCCGAGGGAGCAAAUGUUUCUUCUACGGGACUUCUUAUGUGGAAAGCAGAGUCCCAAACUCCACAGCAAUUCACUCUACUUUUUACCGAUGACUGCAAUGCUGAAACUAGGCUCACGAUUAUGGUGACUGUGAAGUCUUGUGAUUGCUUGAAUGGUGGAUCAUGUGUGUCAGAUAUUAAAUUUCCUCCAGGAAGUGGAGUGCACCUGUGUGUCUGCUUGCCUGGCUUUCAGGGCAGUCUUUGUGAAGUGGACGUCACCGAGUGCCAAUCAAACCCCUGUGGCCUUGGCAGAUGUAUUAGUGGUUUUCACAGUUAUUCUUGCGUGUGUCCGCCUGAACUCAAAGGUAAAAAUUGCCAGGAAGAUGUUGAUGAGUGUCAAUCCAGACCUUGCUUUCCAGGAGCGGAGUGCUUCAAUACCUUUGGCUCCUAUCAUUGCGGUUCAUGUCCAAAAGGAUUUUAUGGUGAUGGAAAGAUAUGUCAUG